AUGCCUGCAAACAACAAUCAAGUUUCAUUGCGGCUCCAGCACCACAGCCUGUGGAGCUUGACGGACAGCUCUGAGUGUGAGCAAGAGAGAGAGGACAACGUCACUACGAGGUGCCCCACACCUUUAGAGAAGCUGACAACGGACAUGUGCCAGGAUGAGAAGACCAUCAAGGAACUGACCAUGGGCCGCAGAGUGGGCUUCUAUAAAGUCCGUGGUCAGAUUGGGUGUGGAAACUUCUCUAAAGUCAAACUGGCAUUCCAUGCCCUCACUAAAGACAAGGUUGCCAUAAAAAUCCUUGACAAGACACGGCUGGAUUUGCAGUCUCAAAGGAUGUUAUCUAGAGAGAUCUCCAACAUGGAGAGUUUGUCUCACGCCAAUGUCUUGCGACUCUAUGAGGUCAUUGAGACGCCGUGCCGAUUGUACCUGAUACUGGAAUAUGCUGGAGGUGGAGACCUUCACACCAAGAUCUGCACAGAGGGCAAGCUCUCUGACCAUGACAGCAAAAUUACCUUUGCCCAAAUCCUGUCUGGCAUCAAAUAUAUGCACGACAACAGCAUCAUUCACCGAGACCUGAAGGCAGAAAACAUUCUCUACAGCUGUAAUGCUUGUGUAAAGGUGGCUGAUUUUGGGUUCAGCAAAAGGGUCCGCAAUCGCAAUGAAGUCCUGGACACGUUCUGUGGGUCGCCCCCAUAUGCAGCACCGGAGCUCUUCAGGGAUGAAUCUUACAUUGGGCCACCAGUCGAUGUGUGGGCGAUGGGUGUCCUUCUGUUUUUCAUGGUGACAGGGACCUUGCCUUUCCGUGCCGACACCGUCGCUAAGAUACGCCGCUGUGUGCUUGAUGGAACUUAUAUCCUGCCUACCUGGGUGUCGGCACCCUGUCAGCGGCUGAUCCGCGGGAUCUUAAAACCCGAUCCCUCCGAACGCUGCGCUCUGGAUCAAAUGCUUGGCUGCGAGUGGCUUCUACCAGUCGACAUCACCCAUCCGACGCAGCCAACAAACAAGCUCGACCCUCUCCGACUGGUCCUGGCAGACCCAGGGGACCUGAGCAGAGACGAGCAGGAGGCCAGAGCUGCUCUUGAAGAGCUCGGAAUUACUGACGAACAUAUUCUCAACAAUCAGGGAAAGAAGAGCCGCAGCCCAGUAACUGGAGUCUAUCGCAUUUUGAUGCACCGUGUCCAGAAAAGCAGGGGAGUUGAAUGUGUGCCCAGUAUUAGCGGUGUGGUCAAAGACCCCAAGAGGGACAGUCUUCGUGCCUAUAGGAGUUUGCGGCACACUUCAAAGCUCUGCAUCCUGUCUUAA